CGCAUUCCACUUCCUGCUUCCGUUUGAACGCGUGCAACUGUUUUGGACGCCACUCGACAGCCGUUCGUCGUCCAAACGUUGAUAAUGGUAAUUUCGUUCAAUUGAAUCAUUAUCAAUCCGACUUUGUUUACCUACAACGACCAACCACCGAUGCUGACCAGUCUGAGCAACCAGACACAUUCGUCUUCCCAUUCGUUUAGUUGAGUUCCCGUGGUACAAGGAGAAGGUUUUCAUUUGAAAAAAAAUUUAGACAAAAACUUACGAAUAAUGCAGUUAGCAUUUUUGGUAAUAUUCGCACCAAUAGUAGUAGCAUUUGGCAUAGAGCCAGGCGAUUAUGCCGCACACAUUUUGGAUCAUGUGCGACCAAAAGCAUCCGAAUCAACGCAACAACAGGCAGCGUUGGAAGUUAUUGAACGGAUCGUACCACAGCAUCAGGCACAGCAGUUUCGUGUACGAAUCGACAGUUCUAUGGAGAGGAAUUCGUUUCAUGUGUUCAAAGGUGAAGAAGCGACCGAUCCUUCCGUGGUACAGAUCACAGCAUCCAGUGGUGUUGCCGCUACAAAAGCAUUCUAUCACUAUCUGCGAUACUGGUGUCGUGUGUUAGUGGCUUGGGAAGGUAGUCAACUGAAUUUGCCGCCGGAACUGCCAUCCGUUAAUGUGAGCGUUACGGCUCCAAGCAGUAUCGUGUACUACCAGAAUGUUUGUACGUGGUCCUACUCGUUCACCUGGUGGAGUUGGCCCCAGUGGCGCAAACAUAUCGAUUGGAUGGCUUUACAGGGCAUAACGCUCAGUUUGGCCCCAUUCCAGGAAGAUCUUUGGACGGACGUGUAUCUCUCGUACAAUCUUACCCGUCCGGAGAUCGACGAUCAUCUUGCUGGGCCUGGAUUUUUCGCCUGGCAGCGCAUGGGUAAUAUCCGUGGUUGGGGUGGUCCACUAACGGCCAGCUUCACCGAGCUUGCCCACACGCUACAGGUACGCGUAGUGUCUGAGAUGCGUCGACUUGGGAUGGCUGUGGCAUUGCCCGCUUUUGCCGGUCAUUUGCCAGUACAGUUCCGUACCCUGUACCCGAACGUUUCAUUCGCCAAUGUGUCCGUGUGGAAUAACUUCCCACCACAGUACGCUAGUCCACUGUUUCUUGAUCCAACCGAGUCCCUGUUUGCGGAGAUAGGGGCACGUUUUUUGCAGCGUGCCAUCGCUACGUACGGUACGGAUCAUGUCUACUUUAGUGAUCCGUUUAAUGAAAUCAAUCCCGCCCUACCGACUGGACGGUACCUGUCGAGUGUGGCCGAAGCUAUUUACAGCACCAUGGCACAGGUCGAUCCGGACGCUAUAUGGCUACUGCAGGGAUGGAUGUUUGUGAAGAAUCCGUUCUGGAGCGAUCGCGCCAUUCGAGCGUUUCUAUCUGCCGUUCCGGUUGGCCGUAUGCUUGUGCUCGAUUUACAGUCGGAACAGUAUCCGCAAUAUGUGCGGACAGCGUCCUACGCGGGGCAACCGUUUAUAUGGUGCAUGUUAAGCAACUUUGGCGGAACGCUUGGAAUGCUCGGUUCGGUCGAGAAUGUCCAUCGAGGUAUUCGUGAGGCGAGAAAUAAUUCGUCCUAUACACUGCUCGGCACCGGUAUCACACCGGAAGGGAUCAACCAGAACUAUGCACUGUACGAAUUUGCACUCGAGAUGGGCUGGAACGCCGAUCUGGACAGCACGGAACAGUGGUUCGGAGAGUAUGCUCAAGCGCGCUAUGGAAACGGUAGUGAAGCGGACGUCGGAAAAGCGCAACAAGCGUGGGACAUCUUUCGCUGUACGGUUUAUGCGUUCGAGGGUCUGGAGCUGAUGCGUGGCAAGUACACCUUCAACCGGCGGCCAAGUUCCAAAAUAAAACCUUGGGUAUGGUACAAUGUGUCCAGUUUCAAUCAAGGAGUGGAUCUGCUUCUCUCCUUUGCAGAAGAAUCACCGUGCAACGAACUGUGCCAGUACGAUGUCGUCGAUGUAACGCGCCAAUGUCUUCAAAACACGGCUGACGCCCUCUAUCUUACAUUGAUGGACAGUUUUAAGAAGCGUAAUCUUAUCCAAUUUCGCCAACUCUCCACACUGUUUCUUCAGCUACUGGCCGAUCUGGACCAGCUGCUGCUAACUGACGAACAUUUCCUACUCGGACCGUGGCUCGAAUCCGCUAAGGCGUAUGGUGAAACGACCCUCGAACGCCACAAGUACGAGUACAACGCCCGCAUACAAAUCACACUCUGGGGUCCGCAGGGACAGAUCGUUGACUAUGCCAACAAGCAGUGGGCCGGGAUGGUGCAAGAUUUCUUUCUCGCACGGUGGCGCGUGUUUCUUACCGCACUGGAUCAAGCGCUCGUAUCGAACGAGCCGAUCAACGAUCUGAAGAUACGCGAUCGAAUAUUCCGUACCGUCGAGUUACCUUUCGUGUCGGAUCGGAAACGUUACACCACCCGGCCGAUGGGUGAUGCAAUCCGUACGGCACGGUUACUGUACGAACGAUGGACAAAAGAUGUGCCCCCAUUGAAGGAAUUGCCUGUAAAUCCUACCCGUCGAAAGUCGGAGAAACAGCGACGAAAUAAAUGGUUCGACUGAUCUACUGGAGGAAGUAAAAAAAGAAGAUGGCUGCUUCUAGUGUCGAUCCUUGAUUCUUGAGCGUGACGAACGAAGGGAUAUCCAGAAAGGAUGAAAGAAAUCUAUUCCGACUUGUGAGAUGAAAAACCGGAUACGAUCCCAAUCCGGAUUGCAAAAUUUGCUUCCAUCGAAGAUCCUUACUUGAUCUGGAGUCGAAGUCUUUAAAACAAGGAACUCUGCGCAUCACUAAUUAAAAAAAAUUUUAUUAAAUCGUCUUGAUAAUCAGCAGUCAUCACGAACUCUCAUACUACGGAUAAAAAAGCUCCACUUACA